AUGCUUGCAAGUAUCUUUACUCGUGUAUCUAAGCCCCAGUUCUUUCCUUCAUUCUUAUUUACAAGUCGUCUCAUCCGCACACAGAUGGAGAGUGAAUCAAAGCCAAAGAUAUACUUUGCAUGUGAUCAUGGAGGAUUUGAUUACAAAGAGAAAAUCCUCGAGCAUCUGACAAGUCAAGGAUAUGAAGUUGAAGACUAUGGAUGCCACUCAUGCGAUAGCGUUGAUUUCCCAGACUAUGGCUAUAAAGUCGCUAAAAGUGUAGUAGAAGAUGAAGAAAAUAGAAAAGGAAUCGUAGUUUGAGGAACAGGUAUAGGAGUCUCGAUCGCUGCCAACAAGGUAAAAGGAGCCAGAUGCGCUCUCUGUUAUGAUUACUUCACUGCUGAAACAGCUAGGCAACACAAUAACGUUAAUGUGCUUGCAUUAGGUGCUCGCACAACAGGAAUCGAAGUUUGUAAGCAAGUAAUUGAUGUAUUCCUGAAGACAAAACAUAUCACAGACGUUGAAAAAUAUCCAAGAAGAUUGGCCAAACUUGCGGAGCUAGAAGAUGCAGAAUUCAAAUAG